AUGUCCUUGUCAGCCAGUCCGGCUCCACCGGUUCAGGGCCUUGGCCCACUGGUGGCUGGUGCCGGUCCUCCUUCCGGAGAUUCAUUACUGCUCACUCUACGAAAUAAACCGCACGCACGUGUAUUUCGUGCAUUAUUCCAGUACCUACCAUUGCGUGACUCUCCAAACGAGAAUCCUCAGUUGGAGCUGACGUUGGCGCCAGGGGAUGUACUGCUCGUCAAAGGCGAGAUGGACUCGGACGGAUUUUAUCGUGCCGAAACACUUGACGGCAGAACCGGAUUGGUGCCGUCCAACUACGUCGAACGGGUACCGGACUCGGUGCUACUUUGUAAUGCCCGAGCUCCAUCGCCGUCCUUCCCCCUUCAAGUUCCUCAGCAUCAUUCCACUAUCACUCAUGACUUUUCGGAACCUGAUCACAGCCAGCUACCCGAUUCCGUCUGCCCAUAUCCUCCGGCCGACGUUUCCAAGGUCACCGUGCAAGAGAUCAAGCAGAACGACACUCCGAGAGUACCAUGUCCCCGUGAGUUGGUCGUGGAGAAGAAGAUGUCGCGAUCGGUGGUGGUCGCUUGGUCACCUCCAGAAGAGUCAUUCGUCGCCGUCUCACAGUACCACGUUUGUGUUGAUGGCCAGGUUCGAGCCGUUGUGCCUGGAUCGUACAAGUGUCGUGCAUUGGUGGAAGACGUAGCCCUCGACGGUUCGGUGAAUCUCUCGGUUCGUGCGCUGUCCGAUCAGGGUCACAGUCCGGAUGCUGCCUGUACGAUCACGCUCGGGAAUGAAGCAGCCGUUGCACCACAGCAUCUUCGGGUGUGGGCUGUCACGCCACUGUCUGCCUGCGUACGAUGGUACCCGUCUAACAGCAAUGCGGACCACGUGGUCUCGUUGAAUGCAGUUAAAGUAGGAGUCUGUCCACCAACGGUGUUUCAGGUACAAUUACAAGGCCUGCAGCCGUCGACAAUUUAUCGUGUGUCCGUGCGUACGAAGCAUCCGAAAGCUGUGCUAGAACAACGUCCUGUCGAACGGUGUCUUGACUUCAAGACAUUGCCGAAAAUUGGCCUUCCCGAUCCACCGACAAACGUACAGGCAGAAAACGGACCACAAGCAGGGACGCUGCUCAUCUCGUGGACUCCAGUGACAAAUCAGCCCAAGCCGCCAUCACGAGCCGCCGUCCACUCGUACCUCAUUUACGCUGACGGCAAGAACAUCGCUCAGGUGCCUUCUGCCACAGGUGAGCAAAACAUAGCCAGGUUUUUGUUCAGGUCUUACUUCAUCAUUUCAGCUGACCACGUUCUCCUACGCCUAGCCGAUCUCUCUGACGAUCCACCCAUCUUUAUCACCGUCCGCACGCGAACGAGAGAAGGCGCUGUUUCCUGCGACUCGAACGUGGCUCGUGUACCUCGUGGACCGUCGUUUGGUGCUAUCUCUGACGGACUUUUACAAACAGCUCCUCUGCUCGACAUGGCCCAGUCGUUUCCGACGGGCCACUACGUUGCACCUCUUUCAGGACCGCAGAGUGCACCGUACACUGCCCCGCCAAUGCUCACUUCAAUGCCCUUUCAAGCUAAUCCACUUUCUUCGUACACUGCCUCAGCAAUUCAGGGAUACAAUAGUUUAGUCGGUACCGAUCGAAUCGGGCCAGCAACUUUAGGCGGUCAAGCGAUGAGUGCUGCUAGUGCAAUACCAGGUGCCAGCGGGACUCUAGCACCAACUGCAAUGCCGAUGUCAGGCUUAGGUGCCGGGACCACGCUCCCGAAUGCCAUGAACACCCCUGGUACAUUGCCGAUAUCGACAGCACUCUGUUCUACGUCGAUGGCCGGUGCUCUUUCUGCUGGAGCACAGGGAACUCUGCCCAAGUGGAAGACAUCGCAGAUGAAGCAAUAUUAUACAUUUCAUCCUCGGCUAAUUCGAGGAGAUGGCACGAGCGCUGACGAGCCUCGGCCGUCGGUUCCCGACAUGGAGAAUAGUUAUUUGUUGCGACAUCGGCAGUCGGACUGGACAGGUCAUUCAGAAUGGGCAGGUCCUAUGGACGCUCGAAUGAGGAUCGACGCCUACGCUCGUCAGGGCACUCGAGCGGGCAGUGCUGAGGAUAGACCACCAGCUAGACACAGAUUGGUUCCUCCACGACUGGCACGAGUGAAGAGCGAAAGUGGUUUUGGGACAAGGAGUGAGCCUGAUCUGCGUCCGCCGACGCUAGAAGAUGACUGCAGAUGGUUUGUGGCCUUGUUCGAUUAUUCACACCACAUGUCACCGAACGCGAAUGCUGAAGCGGAUGAGUUAUCAUUCAGGAAACAUCAAUUGAUAAAGGUGUACGGCGAAGUGGAUGCUGACGGUUUCUACCAUGGACAGAUUGGCAAUCGGGUUGGGCUUGUACCAUCGAACAUGGUUAUUGAAAUCGCAAAGGAUGAUCUGCUUCCAAGAAGGACUCGAACGGAUGCUGUGCCCUCAGGAGCCGAGCCGACACUCCGGCGAAUGCGAUGGGGAUCAUUGAAAUCACGAAGCUACGACCAUGCAGGCGAUAGAAGGACUCACGACAGGCCUCCAACAACGUCACAUUUCGCAUCGUCGCUUGACCGCCGAGAAUUAGAAAGACGAGAGGUGUCUGCGACGAGGGGCGAGCGUUACCGUCGAAGCAAUGGGCGCGACUAUGAGUAUCGACGGGACUAUGAUGACCGAUAUCGAGAAAUGCGAGAACCGAGGGAACAUAGGGAGAUGCGGGAACCUAGGGCUACACGGGAUGACUACCACCGCGACUACCGAGACGAAGAAGAAUAUUGGGCUGAAAAGUACCGAGAUCGUGCUUAUGAACGUGAGCGGGAGCGAGAUAGAGACUAUGAACGGCGUGAUGAUAGGCGAGAAGAGCGACGAGAAGCAGAACGACGGGAAAUCGAGCGACGGGAAGUGGAACGACGAGAUGUGGAACGGCGAGAAGUCGAGCGCAGAGAAGCUGAACGACGAGAGGAACGGCGGGAGUAUGAACGGCGGCAUGAGUACCCACGGGAAGAGCCUUAUCGACGAGAUCGGCGUGAUGAAGGAUACCGAGAAGAUCGCCAUUAUGACCCCUAUGCGCAACGGUACGAUCCAGGAAGUGCUGGUCCGUCUGGAGCGAUGCAACCAGUAGCUGCUCCGCAGCAGACCGGUCAGGGUCCGAGCCAUGGCGGACCACCGCAAAUGGCACAACUGGCUCAUCAGCUGGGUCAAAUGCAAAUGGUGACAUCAGCGAUGCAACCAGCGGCUGCUCAGCAGAUGCCUCAGGCGUUACCUGGUCUCUCAACCGGAAUGCAACCUGGUGUAUUAGAUACGGGCAUAAAUGGCGUGCCGACAAAGAAAAUGGUGGCCAAAUUUGACUACGAUUCUCGUCAGUUGAGUCCAAAUGUGGACGCCGAGCAGGUAGAGCUAUCUUUCCGGCAAGGGGACAUUAUCACGGUCUAUGGGGAGAUGGAUGACGACGGUUUCUACAUGGGAGAGUUGAACGGGCUACGUGGUCUAGUGCCAUCCAAUUUUUUACAGUCGUCACCACUCACGUCCCUUGCUCCAUCGCAACCGACAGAGCCAAUGCGCAAAGGGGUAGCGUUUUCUGACGCCCAAGCCGUCGCCUCCAAGAAGGCUAUGCCUACGCGACAGAUAUCCCAGACGUCGACAGUCACUCCAACGACCGCGAAACCGACAUCGAAGAAGUCUGCCGCGGCUGCACCAAGUGGCAAACCACUGACAAAGAAGGCUAGCGAUGUCAGUAAAACGUCGGCUCAAAAUUUGCGUAAAACGAGCCAGGCCGUUAAGAAGGGCGACUCGUCGGGCAAGGUUAGAAAAGCCUAG